AUGGCCUCCGCCGUCGCGGCCUCCGAUCUCUCGACGAGCCUAAGCGACACCGACGACUGCCCCCAAGUUGCCCCCGAUCUGGUUCACAACCUCAAGCACGACAGUUCCGUGCUCUGUCUCGCAGUCAGCGCAGAGCAAGAACGUAUAUACGCAGGCACACAGGAUGGCGAGAUCGUCGUGUGGUCCUUGGCCACCUUCCACCAAGAGCGCGUCGUCCAGGCGCACAAGCGGAGCGUCCUGAGUCUGUUCCUCUCCCAAGAUGGCACCAUGCUGUUCUCCAGCGCAGGCGACCCGUUGAUCAAUGUCUGGUGCCCGAAAACGAUGAAGCGAUUAUACGAGAUCUACAGCACCAACGACGUGGGCGACAUCUUUUCCGUCGCCUACAGCGCCCAGCACGAGACGGUGUACGUUGGGGCGCAAAACACCUCGAUACAAUGGGUCAGCUUGUCCGACCCGAACAACAGAGUGACACACGAUUCUGCUCUACACCCCGAUCGCCGAAACCAUAGGUUCUUCGACUCCAGGGCUGUGGGAGGGUCCACGACACCCCGCCGCAACGACGAGAGAUGGUCUUCGAUCCCCAGGUCAGAAAAGGUCGUGGAGAUACCUCCAGGUGCUCUGCAAAUGUUCGCCCACUACGGAUACGUAUACUCGAUGGUCAUGGCCAAGGGGCCGACCGUACUGGUGGAACCCGAAGAAGAAGUACUCAUUUCGGGUGGCGGCGACGGGACAAUCAAACUGUGGAAGCUUGGUGCCGAAGGGGACACGCAGGCGGCCGAGGCUGAUCGCGAACCCGGCCUCCAGGAGUUGAUGUCUCUUGGGACAGAUGACGCUGAGUCGGUCAUGGCACUUGCCAUUGACGGCUCUUUUCUGUACGCCGGCAAGCUACAUGGCAUCAUUGAGCUAUGGGACUUGGAUACCAAGUCCAAGCUGAGGGUCAUCAAAGGCCACAAGGGAGACGUCAUGACACUACAGAUGAGCUGGGGAUAUCUGCUCAGUGCUUCAAGGGCAGGAUCCGCGAGCAAACACACCACUGUCCACUACGGCAAAUAUCAAGAUACUCAAGCAGUCAACAUCAGUCAAAAAUACCAGUGCAUAGCCCGCUGGAAGGCGCACGAAGGCAAAGUUCUAGCCUCAGCCGUCACGACCUACAAGAACAAACAGUACUACAUUACCGGGGCGAACGACAAUGAUGUGGCCAUUUGGCACAUCGACUGUACUCCAUACGAGCAGCAACGAGAGGUGGAUCUGGCAGACGAUGUCAUGAUCAAGUCUCUUAGCGACUUUGUGUCGUACCGUACCGUCUCAUCACGCCCCGAGUUUGCCGAAGAUUGCCGCAAAGGAGCCACGUUCCUGGGGUCCUUGUUUAAGCGCCUCGGCGGUCAAGUUGAGAUGUUGAGCACAGAGAGUAACCCCCACAACCCUGUCGUUCUGGCCAAGUUUCAAGGCAAUCUUGAGCCGGCAGAAAAGCGGAAGAAGAUUCUCUUCUACGGUCAUUACGAUGUGGUCCCAGCAGACACCAAGAAAGGCAAAUGGCAGACAGAUCCUUUCAAGAUGAAGGGCUUCAAUGGCUACCUCUACGGCAGAGGUGUCAGUGAUAAUAAGGGACCAAUCAUGGCCGCCCUGUUCGCUGUUACCGACCUUCUCCAGGCAAAGAAGCUUGCCAAUGACAUUAUAUUCCUCAUUGAGGGCGAGGAAGAGUCGGCAUCACGCGGUUUCAGGGAGAUAGUCCGUACUCACAAGGAUCUGAUCGGCGACGUCGACUACAUCCUGCUAGCCAACAGUUACUGGCUUGACGACGAAGUUCCCUGCCUAACAUACGGCCUGCGGGGUGUCCUCCACGCCACCGUCUGCGUCGACUCCCACCUGCCUGAUCUUCACUCUGGUGUUGACGGUUCGUACAUGAACAACGAGCCGCUGUCAGACCUCACUUCCACGAUGUCGAAGCUCAAAGGACCUAAAAACAAGGUCCUCAUUCCAGGCUUCUAUGACAACAUUCUCCCCGUCACCGCCGAGGAGGAAACCCGCUACGACGAGAUCGCGUCGACCCUAAUGCGGCAGAACCCGGAGAAGGGACCGGAAGAUAAGCUGAAGACUGCGCUGAUGGCUCGCUGGAGGGAACCCAACUUGACGAUCCACCGAUAUAAAGUAUCGGGACCGGACGGCAGCCUGGUCUCCAGCCACGCAAGCGCUAACAUCAGCAUGCGUCUCGUUCCAGGCCAGGAAGUCAACGACGUCAUCGCGUCUCUCACCUCCUAUCUCGAGUCCGAGUUCCAGUAUCUCGAGUCUAAGAACAGUCUUACUAUCAAGAUCGACAACAAAGCUGAGCCAUGGCUCGGCGAUCCUAGCAACGAGAUCUUCCAGGCUCUGGAGGAGGCCAUCAUCAAGUCCUGGGGACCCGUCUUCGACGCCGGAGAAUCUACCAACGGACACGAGAACGGCGAGGAAAAGAAGAAGGACCAGAAGCCCAAGAAGCCGUUGUACAUCCGUGAGGGCGGGUCCAUCCCCGCCAUCCGCUUCCUCGAGAAGGAGUUCGGAGCCCCCGCGGCCCAUCUUCCCUGCGGCCAGUCCAGUGACGGCGGUCACUUGGAUAACGAGAGGUUGAGGGUGCUAAAUCUCCUGAAGAGUAGAGAAAUCAUGGGCUCUGUGUUUGCGCGUCUGUCGGAAGUCAGAAACAUCAUGGAAUACAAACGCCAAUCCCCGACGGCCGUCAAGGUCAAACCGCGCCUCAUCAUCCACGGCGGCGCGGGCAACAUCAAGCCGGCCAACCUCGCGCCGCCGCAGUACGCAGAAUACCGCGCCGCGCUCCUCACAAUCGUGAGCAAGACGAACGCUUACAUGACAACCCCACUCACCACCACCACCACCACCACUGGCAAACUCCCCACCGCCCUCGAGACGGCAACCCACGCCGUCACCCUCCUGGAGAACAACCCCCUCUUCAACAGCGGCCACGGCGCCGUCUUCACCCGCGACGGCAUCAACGAGCUCGAGGCCUCCGUCAUGGUCUCGCGCGGCUUCAAGAAGCGCGGCGUCGGCGUCACGGGCCUCCGCCGCGUCCGCAACCCCAUCCUCCUCGCCAAGGCGAUGCUGGAGCACGGCGAGGAGGACCUCGGGGGCAACUCCCACAGCGGACACCCCUCCUCUUCCGUGAGUGCUGACGCCGCCAUCGACGCGCCCUCCGCGCAGGGCCACACCCUCCUCCACGGCCCCACGGCCGAGGUGCUCGCGCGGAAGUACGGCCUGGAACUCGUGGACCCGGGGUACUUCUUCACGCAGAGGCGGUGGGACGAGCACGUCGCGGCGCUGGAGCGGGAGAGGAGGGGCGAGGGCCUCGCGACGUGGAGCCGGGAGGAGUUCCUGCCGCAGGGCACCGUGGGUGCCGUCGCGCUGGACGAGGAGGGCGUGGUGUGCGCCGCGACGUCGACGGGCGGGUUGACGAACAAGCUGACGGGGCGGAUCGGGGACACGCCGAGCGUCGGGGCCGGGUUCUGGGCGGAGGAGUGGGAGGAGGACGGGGACCCGACUGCGGUUUUCGCGAGGGGCGGCGGGUGGGGUGGCGGGGCGGCGGUCGUGCUCUCGGAGAGUUUGAGGGGGUUGGUGGCGGAUUGUCUGCCGUCUUUGAGCGUGUACUCCCCCGUGCCGGCGGCGGUGCGGACGACGCGGUCGAUUGCGGCGUCGGGGACCGGGAAUGGGGACUCGUUUUGGCGCGUUGCUGCGGGUAGGACUGUUGGGGCCGUGGCGCGGUUUAAGCCUCUGUCUGGUCGGGAGGCGGUGUCGUUUGUUUCCGGGCCGGGCGGCGAGUUGCAGAAGAGUGCCGGAGACCGGUGGCGCGUAACGGGCGAAGGAGAGGGUGGUAUAAUCGGUAUCGAGGUUGCGAUUACUCGGGACGGGGAGGGCGCGGUCGUGGGGGUGCGGUCUGAGAUCCUGCAGGACUUCAACUGCAAUGGGAUGUACCGGGCGUGGAUCGAUGACGACGGUUUGGCCCAUGCGAAGAUCUACCAUGACGAUGUGGAGGAGGGCGUUGAUGCUCGGUUGUUUGCUGAGAAGUGGUGA